UUCUUGUGCAUAGUUAAAUUUUUCACUCGGCAACAACUUUCAUAAUUUGAGCAAUAACAUUAUUCCCUACAAUUAAAAUGCCCAAGUUUUCUAAAACCCGACGUAAUUUGAAUCCAUUACUGUUGAUCUCAAUUCUCACACAAUGUCGUGUAGUAUUCGGCUUGGAUUGCUACGUCUGCCUCACCUCGCAACACCCCGGCUGUCCUCACAACGACUCAUACCUUGUCCGAGAUUGUUCUCAUGAAAAGGCAAAAUCCUUUUUUAGUAGGUUAUCCACCAUAGAGGAAAGUGACCUCAACUCUCAAGUCGAUGACGACAUUGUGGUUCCAAGCGCAAUUGAAACGGAUGAAAUGAUGGUUCCCGUCUGUCGCAAAACUUCAUUUUACGUUAGGACCUCAUUCCUCACAAAAUCUAAGGAUAUUGCAAUAGAGAAGCGAAUGAUUCACCCCAGAAUUCAUUUCACUUGUGGGGUCGCUAUAAAGAGUAAGAGUGAUGUCUGCACCACGAGGAACAGUCCGGAUAUCAGGAGUUCGCAAUGUUCUUGUGUGAAAGACCUUUGCAAUGGAUCUGCACGCUCGUUUUCGUUUUUAGAUUAUUUAAAGCAUACACAUUUUCUCAUGGAAAUUAUUAUUUUGUCGGUUGGCUAUAUUGUAAAUUAAUAUAUAUUAUGUAAUUGUCAUUCGGCGGAAGUUUAUUUUGGACAUUCUCAUUUAAUUUGCCACGAGUGUCAAGCUGGUGGACAAUGGUAUGUUCAUGUUCAACAAACAUAUGAAUAUUUGUAUAAAUAAAUUCAAAAAUACUUUCAA